AUGCCUUUCCUCAGUCCAGACUGGAGAUGUCCUGGAGAUCAGUGGCUAAAGACAAACGAAAGUGGCAGCAUGUGGGAAAAUGCCAAAAUUUAUCGGCUCAGAAUGUUUGAAACCAUUAAUGAGAAUGUUGUAAAGCGACUGUGUCGGCAAACAUUAGAAGAUGAAAUGAAGUCAACACCGUAUGUUAGUGAAUACCUUAAGGCCGUUUUUUACCAACCAUACAUACACCUUCAAGCAGGGACUACUCGUGAGAUCGCUACAACAACAACUAUUAGUGAGGCUCUCCUAAAGCUCGAUACCAAAGCUGCUUUAAGAGACAUAAGAAGAUUCGAUUAUAUAUGCAAAAUAAUUGAACUUCUUAUUUCAGAGCACUUUCACAGGUUAGCCGGAAGGUUACAGCUCUUCCUAAUUGAACUUCUAAAAGAGGUGCUCAAACAAGUUCAAGCUAGUUGCAACCAGACAGAACGUUUUCGAAAGCUUUUGGAUGCAUUAAGAGAAAAUCUAGAUAAAAAUGAAUAUGAUCAUAUUGGAAGUGCCUUACUUUGGCAGAAUCAUAAAAAAGCCCUAGAUGAGAUGUACAUUCGUAUCGAUGAAUUUGAUAUUGAAAAAAAAAUUCAAUCAUUUACAACCUGUCCGCCUUACAAGCUCAGGUCCUUGAGUGUACGUGAAAACUCUUCAGAAGAAGUCAUAAAACUUGAAAGACUUCCAUCUGAAUGUUUGACUCAUGUCCUGACCUAUAUAAACUCUCCUCAGGAUCUUGAAACGGCGUCUUUGGCUUCAAGUGCACUAGCCAGUGUAGUUGCAGAUAAAUACUUCUGGAAAACUUUAACACUAGCACACUUUGAUAUAAGUCAGAUACCAACCGUUAAUUAUGGUCUCCCUGGAUGGCAUACUCGAUCUCCAGCAUCAAUUGAUGAUUGUGAUUGGAAACGAGCCUAUGUCAGAUUGCUCAAAAUAUACGGAGACAAUCAUAUUUAUCCAGCUAAGCUAGCUGUCUGCGAAGUUUGCUUCUGUUUGUUUUGGCCGAUAUUUGGACAUCCUUGCCAUUAUCCUGAUAAAGAACAACGUAUCCGUCUUCUUACUCCAAAUGAAUUUAUUACGCUCUUCCAAAUCUAAUAGUAUAAUUCAUACAUGAAAACAUUUGAGUGCCUUCAGUUUAUUUACUUCAGUCAUAAAUCUUUUUUUUAUAACAAUAAUCUAGUUUUCCAUUUGUUUGUUUGUUUUUUUAAAAAAAGAGGAACAAUAGUCUGUAUUUAUUCUCAUUUUCAUCUCAUAACAAAAGAAGAAAAAAGAAAACAUGCAUUUACUCAUUAUUAUGUGCAAUUCCUUCUUUUCAAAUGACUAGCAUUCAUUGUUGUUUGUUUAUUUAUUUAUUUAUUUAUUUAUUUAUUUAUUUAUUUGAUCUCAAACAAACUUUCAAAAGAACUCAUAACUUCUAUUUAUAAUCUUAUGAAACUAUGAUCAUUUUCUAGUUAUUGUUCUUUAUAUUAUCUUUGUUUGUUUUUAUGAAUCCGUUCUAAUUUUAUUUCCGGUUUAUUUGGGACUUGGUAGCCCUUCUCUUUUUUUUCUUAAAAAAAAGAAAAAAACUCAUUUAACAAAUUAUAUAUUUCCAUAUAAGCUUAAGCAUGUCAAUACAUAUGUGAUUCACCUAUUAUUUACAUCAAACUGUGAUCGGCCAAAAAAAAAACAAUAACAAAGAAAUACUGUAAAGAGACUUUAUUUUUGGCGCCAGUUUACUACUGAAUUCUGUUUCUAUUUCCCUAUUGAUUUAUUUGUUUAUUUAUUCAACUUAUUUUUUCUUCUGUUUCUGUUGUUGCAAGAUUUAUUUUUUGUUUUGUUUUUAUCAUAUCAGAAAGUGGAAAAGGCUUGUUUUUAAAUCCUAUUUAUCAUUUUCCAUAAAGACAUACAUAAAUAUUUAUUUGUUGUUUCAUUUAACAAAGCAUUCAUAUAAUAAAUAUACAUGUUCAUACAUUUA